CGAAGAAAGAGUUUUCCUUUACUCCGUGCCAUAAAACGAAGCACUUAUUAAAACCUGGUCCCCUUCUUUAAAAAAUAUUAUUAUUGUUGCAUUGCCUUCAAUUGUCUUCACGUUGAAUUGCAUACUCUACGCUGCAUUCCACUGCUACUAAAGCUACGAACGUCAUGGCUUCUCGACUGCCCUUCUACCGGUUGUCGGAACAGCAUUUGACAACCAUGUCUAGAGUCUCCUACGGGUCUCGCAUUCUACGCCUGAGCACUCGUAGGAACCUUUCUUCAAUCUCCCUCCUAAAACGGAGCGGUGCUUAUAAGGCCCCUAUUUCCGGCCACAUACAAGUGCCAGUAUCAUGCACUCGAUCGAAUGUGCCGCUACUGGGGUUCUCUCAAGCCAGAGGCUAUGCCGAUACAAUCGUCAAAGUACCUCAAAUGGCUGAGUCCAUUACGGAGGGUACAUUGAAACAGUUUUCUAAACAGGUUGGGGAUUUUGUAGAACGAGAUGAGGAAAUCGCAACGAUUGAGACUGAUAAGAUCGAUGUCUCAGUCAAUGCGCCGGAGGCAGGAACUAUCAAGGAGUUUCUUGUUAAGGAAGAAGAUACCGUUACUGUCGGACAAGACCUAGUUAAGCUUGAGCUCGGGGGCGCACCCGAAACAAAGAAGGAAGAAGCUGCCGAAAAGCCCAAGGAACCCGCGAAAGUAGAGAAGCCACAGCCAUCUGAACCGGAAAAGCCAAAGGCUCCGACAGCAGAAAAGGGCGCUACCCCUCGCCCCGAGCAAACAAAGGCUCCUUCACCUAAAGCAGAGCCACAGCCCGUGUCCGCUGCGCCGGCCGCUCCCGGAAGUCGUGAAGAACGGAGGGUGAAAAUGAACCGGAUGCGGUUGCGAAUUGCGGAACGUCUGAAGCAAUCUCAAAAUACGGCUGCCUCACUCACUACUUUCAACGAGGUUGAUAUGUCUUCUCUUAUGGAAUUCCGGAAACUGUACAAAGAAGACGUACUCAAGAAGACUGGUGUAAAGCUCGGCUUCAUGAGUGCAUUCUCUCGCGCAUGUGUUCUUGCCAUGAGGGAUAUACCGGCGGUUAAUGCGUCGAUCGAAGGACCCAACGGCGGUGAUACUAUCGUCUACAGAGAUUACGUGGAUAUUAGUGUGGCCGUUGCCACCGAGAAAGGGCUGGUAACACCAGUUGUUCGCAAUGCUGAAGCAAUGGAUCUUGUUGGGAUUGAGAGGUCUAUUGCUGAACUCGGAAAGAAGGCCCGGGACAAUAAGCUGACGAUCGAGGAUAUGGCGGGUGGAUCCUUUACCAUUAGCAACGGCGGCGUCUUUGGAUCUCUGAUGGGCACACCGAUAAUAAAUCUGCCACAGACAGCCGUGCUCGGACUCCAUGCAAUUAAAGAUAGGCCUGUGGCCGUCAAUGGGAAAAUAGAAAUCCGACCGAUGAUGUACCUUGCUCUGACGUAUGAUCAUCGACUCCUUGAUGGGCGAGAGGCAGUCACCUUCCUUGUUAAGGUGAAAGAGUAUAUCGAGGACCCUCGACGCAUGCUGUUGGGCUAGGUGAGUUAGGAAUUGAUAUUGUUCCUCUCGGCUACGUUUGGGCGUCAGUGCAAGCCGACCCUUGUGUAAUUAUUAGACAUUUUCCAUCAUACAAGAGUUCUUCUUUGGCUUUGGUAGCAGGUCGUUUUGCCAUUAAUCAUAAUCGUUCGCAAUCGGGAUGGUUUCGGUAACGGGGCCCGUCAUUGACUAUUAUUGUCUAACCCCUUUACUCCAACCUCACUGUCUGGUAUUACUCAGGUUAGCGGCUACACCGAGUUAGUUGCCCAGCCCUAUUUGCUCAAAGUUUUAGUGUCCUGGUAUUUAAUGGCCACCGACGUUCCUGUAAAACAAGCUUGUUCUUCAUUAUUACCGGUAAUUUGUCGAAUAUCAUGUACAGCAUACGGUGUAGAUCAGAACGGACCGAUUAGUUUUGGCAUUGCCAAAAUCUAAUCGGCAACGCAGACUUUAAUGGCAAAGGGGAUACGAGC